AUGCGAGUCUUCUUCCAAGCAACUCCCUUCGAGACGGCGCUUGUUGUGUGUGCAUUCCUCAACCUCGUUAUCCUCGGCGUACUCGCGUGUCUCUGCUAUACACAUCCGACCACAGCGCACGCCCUGUACGCACGAGUCCCAGGGAAGGAAUACGCUCUCCAAAUCAUCGCAGUUGUUCGCUUCUGCAUCACAGUCGCCCUACCUGCAACAGCCUAUAUAGGUUGGAGUGUCCUUGCUGGUUUGGCGCAGAUACUGUGGUUCGCUGCAUACAUAAAGGUGUCGGCGGCGGGCAUUCAGAUGCGAGAUCUCCUACACAGAAUCAAUGACCGGCUUAACAAUGUCAUCGAUUCCAAUACAGCAAAGAAAUAG